GGGACGGUCGCGCCAGUGUUGUCGUUGUGUUGGUGGUGAAUGUUCAGUGUUCAGUGUUGAGUGUCCGUAGUCCGUAGUGUAGUAGUGAGACUCCCGCGGUACCAUGCGCCUGUGCGUGUCCGUCACGUUAUGACCAUGUCGGUGAGCGAUGGGUUGGUCCUCAGUGUUGGUGCUGUCCGUGUUGGUAUAUACUUCGACGUCGAGUCUUUCCAUCUGUGAUUACACACAAUGUAACUGCACUGAUUACGGAGGCCCGUGGAUUAAGGCGGACUGUCAUUUCAACAGCAGUCAGAAACAGCUGGACAUCACGUCGGAGACUAUACCCAAGAACCUGGCCGAACUGCAGAUCUCGGGUCCUCGAGAGAUGGUCCUCGACAGCGGCUCAUUCUCCCUCAACGGCUUGACCUUUGUGAAUCUGUCGGACGUGGGUGUUCUCACCGUCGGAAAGAACGCCUUCGCCCGCGUCACCUCUAAAAGUCUGCGUUUUGAGGUCCGCAGAGUCAAUCGAGUCAUCUUGGAGACCAACGCUUUCUGUGAGUUCAAAUCGUCCGCGCUCUCCGCCAUUUUGGAGCAGCUGGGACACCUUAUCGUCCAGAAGAAAGCCUUCGACCGUCUCUUGUCCCUGGACAUCUCCAGGGUCGGCCUGCUAGUCCUACACCCCGAAGCGUUCUUCUUCGAACCCGACAGCACCAAGUACAACGGUCCCGCUACCAAGAUCACGUUGGAUAGGGUGAAGUUGGACGAGCUCCCGGAGAGAGUUUUUCCCUCCCUGAACCAGCUGACCAUUACCAACAGCGAGGUAAAGACGGUGAAGGCAUCGGCAUUCCAGGCCUUACUUCUGACCUCGGUGCACCUGAUCAACACCACGCUGGAGUCUGUGGAGACUGAGGCAUUCACCACGAGAAGCGUCAUCGGUCAUCUGGAAAUGGAUGGAGUGACUGCGGGACUGCUGCAACCCAACUGCAUGCAGUCUGGUAUCAGCACGCUAACCGUCCGUGGUUCCAGUUUUCGAGAGAUCGCCGAGUCCGCAUUCCUCACCCCUUCAGCCUCCAUCAUCAUUGCAGAAAAUGUGUUCAACAGAGUUCGAAGUCGAGGGUUCACUUUCAAGGAGACAUCAUCCCUGACGGUGGAGAACAACCGGUUCAACGCCCUGGACGACUACGCCUUCAUAUUACCCGAGAGGGUGUCGGAGUCGGGACAAACAAUUAACAUGACCUUCCGGGGAAACUCCUUCAGCAGAGACGUCGGAAGGGAGGCCUUGGACUUCACUCGCAGCAAUCAAAUGGGAACAAUUGUACAUAACAACAGUUUCGACCAUCAGUGCCAUUGUGAAGAGCCCACCAAGAAUUGGUUGAGGGAGAAAAUUAACGGGUCGGAGAGAGUAAUCGACCUGUUUUACGAGAACAGUCUGUGCCAGAUAACCCUCGAUCUCUCGCGCUGCUUCAGCCUACCGAGAGGAAUAUUCAUGAUGGAGAACUUCUCCGCUCUGGCGUGCGACUCAGAGGGGCAAUAUUCCUGCCCGGAAGUGGUCCAAAGUGACGCUGCGAUCCCAUCGUUCCCUGGGACGACGUCGGACAUCGUCUACGACACCAGCACCGACAGGGAGAGGAAAGUGCUCGUCUCCAUUCUGAUAUUCGUGGUGAGCGGCAUCGUCCUGAUGUUGUUCCUCUCGGGGCUGAUGUGGUUGCGGCGGAACGGUUACUGUACCAAAGCCCGCCUUAUGCUGCUGCCCUCAGCGGAUUCGGUGUUCGACAUCAUCUCACGUGCUGUGGUGGGAUCUACAGCGCCCUCCGGGGUCAACGCGGUACCGGCACACGAGUACGCGGAGCUGCAGCAGGCACAGAAGCUGGCCGAGGAGAGUGCGGAGGAAGAGAUACCGCUGGAGGAUAAGGCCACUCAGACCCUGCCCGAGGAGUUGACACAGGAGUUGUUGCAGACGCUCAGAGAAAAACUGGACGACCCGGAGAACUACAGCGAGGCGAGAGACAUGAUAGAACACCUGUACGACCUCAUCAAGGUGGAGGAGAGCUGCAACCAAAACUCCGACUCGAUAUCGCUGCAGUUAGAGGAGCUCGAGGACCUGCCCGAGGGGGAGAAUUUGUACGACGUCAUAGGGCCCAAGCCGCGGCCCAAAACCCGAGUCCCGCGGGAGAAACGAUCCCUGGUGAGUGUAGGGACCAGAGCCCCGUCACCGGACAAACUGCUGCCGCUCUCCCUGAGUCGCCUGAGGCCUGCGGUACUCUGCGACUACAUGGAACCUAGGGACCGCCAACACCACGUGUACCAGGAGAUAACCCCGCCCGCCUCGUCCGUCCUGUGCGACUAUACAGAACCGCCUGAUAGCAAGCCGCACGUCUACCACGAGCUGUCGAUGGCCAACCGUCCCCUGCCCAGCAAGCCGGACCCUGGCGAGGGCCCCUCCUCCCGAUAACUUCUGUGAUAUAAUUGUUAAGACCUUCCUGCCUUAGCGACGACACGACGACCCGACUCUAGAGUGUUCACAACGACCUUAGCGUUAGACUCUGUCAAGACUGAGAUACGACUACUGUACUGUCAUUGUAGUCGAAAUUUCCAACAAUAUUUUGUAAAACUUUCAGUGCUGUUGUAUCGUAGUCUGUAGAUGAAAGCAUUUAGCCACCGUUUACACUGGCAGGCCUAGUAUAUGUUAUAUUAACGAGUCAAAUUUGAGCUUAGCCAAAGAUACCGAUUGAGCGCAUUCGUCUUUGAUAAAUUUUUAUACCGAUAUUAUAGUGAAGUCUGUUGCCUUUUUGGCUCUCUGUAUCAUAUUUUAAAUUUGUUUUGUAAAGUGUUAAUAUGUAGAAUAUACGAAUCAGUUCAUAGUGGAUAUAUUGUUAUUUAUAGUGAAUAUUAAUUAAAGCAAUGACAUUCCGUACCAUAGCCUGA